GUUUUUCCUUUCUUUUUUUUCUUCGUGUUUCGCUCUAUUGAAAAACCAAGCACAAUUCGAGCCCAGUCUUGUUCGUUCGCUUCGGCGUCGCGUUCAAUCGCUGUUGAAGGAACGCAAAAGCAACAACUCGAAGCAGAACAAAAAGAGAGCGGCCAAAACUUCAAACAUUGCGCAACAAUCGAAUUUUGGCAGCUUCGUUUGCCUUGAUUCUGUUGAACUGAAAAACCUUUGCUUAAACGAGGUCGCCCAGAGCCAUGUCGAAGCACGCCACGCAGAGCAAGGCCCGGGGCGGCGGCGAGAAGCUGGCGUCGAGAGUCGUGUCGGCGGCGGGGCACUCUUCAAGCGCACGUGCCGGUCCUGCAGCAGUGCAUUCGUCGCACUCGUCCGCACGCAGCCAGGCCCCAAGGCUGCGACUGGACGACAGUGACACGUAUGAUGACGAGGAAUUCGACGACCACUACGAGGACGCGGACGACUACGACGGCCGUGCUGCCGACGAGUUCGACGACGCCAACGCCUUCAAUGCGAAACUUGAUGACACAAGUGCCAUGAUGGCCGCGGUGGCCCUCGCAAGCACUCAGGACGCUGCGGCCAUGCUCACAGAGCUUGGCGAGAAUGUGUGCGCCAUCUGCCUGGAAGAUAUGUUUGACGAGUCCAAGGCCCAGCUCCCGCCCUGCCUCCAUGAAUUCUGCAUUCGCUGUGUAUUAACGUGGUCGACAGUCCGAUCGUGCUGCCCGCUCUGCAAGACCGAGUUUUCGCAUGUCUCAACCCACUUUGGGCUCGACGGUGCAUUCAACGCUCAACGUAUGCCAAACCUCGCGUGUCUUCUGGUCAAGGCACGGUGGCUGGGUAUCACCCAGUCCGAGUAUUGCCUGCGGGUAUCUGCGGACGAUGCCUCGACUGCCGAGCUGCCAGCAGAAGACGAAUACGACUUUGACGAUGAGUUUGACGACUCUUCCUUCUCUCAAGGGAAAGGGAAGGCUGGACAGCGAGCGAGGGUUUCGCAAGGCAUGUUUAACGUCUACGGGCGCGGGUUUCCGCCUCCGCAGGUACCCGGAACGGGCUCCCGGCGGGCCAAGAAGAAGAAAAACGCUGCUUUCAGCACCAAUGAACGUUGAAGCAAUGUGUUGUCGUGAAGUGCAAGCGGUCAAGAAUUGCAAACAUGUUGGCCAACUAUUGACAACGUCACAAAAAAAAACACGGUUUGCACACGAGCAGCCCGCACCAGAAGGACGGAACUGUCAAACCAAACAAAACCAACAGAGCAGCACGACAGAACGCGAAACAAACACAAACACUACUACAAAAUGAAUAAACAAAUCGAACAGCAAACAA